AUGUGUACUCCGAACCAGCUUGUGGCUCUUUGCUUAUGGUUGCACUUGACAUGCUUCAGCUUCAUUUUUGGUAAUGCAGUGACUGUAGGAAAAGAUGCAACUGUGCAAGGAACUGUUGUAAUUGAUGACAAAUCUGUUAUUGGAAAUAUUGAUGAUGAUUUUGUGUGUGCAACUUUGGAUUGGUGGCCUCCUGAGAAAUGUGACUAUGGUAGAUGCAGUUGGGGUCUUGCUUCUCUUCUCAAUCUGGACCUCAACAACCCGAUUUUGUUAAAUGCAGUGAAAGCCUUUUCACCUUUGAAACUUAGAUUAGGUGGAAGUUUGCAAGACAAGGUAAUAUAUGGCACUGAAGAUAGUCACCAACCUUGCACUCCUUUUGUUAGGAGCGAUUCUGAGAUGUUUGGUUUCACGCAAGGGUGCCUCCUAAUGCAUAGAUGGGAUGAACUCAACAGCUUUUUUGAAAAAGCAGGGGCUAAGAUUAUCUUUGGAUUAAAUGCUCUUGCUGGAAAAUCAAUAGAAGGUAAUUCUGCAACAGGACCUUGGAAUUCCACCAAUGCUGAGUCCUUUAUUCGAUACACUGUUGGAAAGGGGUACACCAUUUAUGGAUGGGAACUUGGCAAUGAAUUGAGUGGGGGUGGAGUUGGAACAAGUAUAGCAGCAGACCAAUAUGCUUCUGAUGUUGCUGAUUUACGAAACAUAGUUUACAAUGCAUACGGAAAGAUUGAGCAUAAGCCAUUAGUCAUUGCACCCGGAGGAUUCUAUGAUGCAAAUUGGUUCAAGGAAUUUGUAAGCAAAGCCAGAAAAUCUAUGGAUGUGGUCACUCACCACAUAUAUAACCUUGGACCAGGAGUUGAUGAGCACCUUGUGGAAAAAAUUCUGGAUCCUUCCUACCUUGAUGGAGUGGCAAACAUAUUCAAAGGCCUCAAAGAUAUACUUGGAAAUACAGGAACCUCAGCAACAGCAUGGGUUGGUGAGUCAGGAGGGGCUUACAAUAGUGGCCAUCAUCUUGUAUCUGAUACAUUUGUCUACAGUUUCUGGUAUUUAGAUCAGCUUGGCAUGUCAGCUGCGUAUGACACAAAAACAUAUUGCAGACAGACUUUGAUAGGAGGAAACUAUGGUUUGCUCAAUACUACCAAUCUCCAGCCAAAUCCAGACUACUAUAGUGCUCUUCUUUGGCACCGACUCAUGGGAAGAAAUGUACUCUCAACUACCUUCUCGGGGACAAUAAAGAUACGAGCUUAUGCACACUGCGCAAAGCAAUCCAAAGGAAUCGCAAUACUAUUGAUCAACCUGGACGGCAACACAACUGUUGAAGCUGGAGCGACCUUCAACUACAACGGUAAGAGUUUGAGGCACAGAAAGAUGUCUAUUCAUUCAGAAAUGAUGAAUCUACCUGUUGCAAGUGGAACAGCAAGAGAGGAGUACCAUCUAACUCCACAAGGUGGGGACAUACAUAGCCAAAUCAUGGUACUAAAUGGAAACGCUCUAAGUGUAAACUCAGCUGGUGAAAUUCCUCCUUUGGAGCCUCUAUAUGUGAAUUCAUCAGAGCCAAUAAGGGUUGAUCCUUUCUCUAUUGUAUUUGUCCAUUUGCCUUAUGCUGUUGUUGCAGCUUGUGGUUAGCUAGGUGGCACUAGGCAGGAUCAAAAUUGUUUGACCAAAUUACUUGGAAAAUA